AUGACGACCCAGGAGGACGAAGCAGUUUUCCUCAAUCCCGUCAUUCCAGGCUUCAACCCGGACCCAACCGUCUGUAUCGUUCCUGCAACCGAGUCAAGCCCUGCGACGUACUUCCUAUCGACUUCGACAUUUGAAUAUUUCCCAGGAUGCGCCAUUUACACCUCGACGGACCUCAUCAACUGGAAACUCAUCGGUCAUGCACUUACACGCAAGAGCCAGAUUGAGCUGAGAACUGUUGAGCCGGGAGCCGGAAGCUGGGCAAGCACGCUUCGAUACCGGCCACGAGAAAAACGAAUGGCACAAGAGAGCAGCGCUCAUGAUGCGACCUAG